GUUGCAGCAAACUUCUGCCACGCGCCUGCACUUUCUUCUCCUUUGUGUACAUACAACCUUCUCUCGUUGCUCCUGCCCAUUCAUCUUCGAGACAAGCGCUCGUCACGCUGUCAACAACUGGUAUACUCGGUUGUCAUCUAGACUUAAUUCUUCUCCACGCCAAUCAUCACUUUCGCUGCUUGCCCGAGUCUCGACGGUUAUCUACCCACCACAUUCAUCAACUCGCAUCAUCAUCCGCUAUUCACUAGCACGCUGCAUUGACUUCCAGUCUCCUAGCAUCGAUUCUUCCAACGCAUAGCGAUUACCACUGCCUUGCACAUCAUCACCUAAUCUACCGCAUCAAUGGCUCCGACGCUACAACAGACGCAGGCCAUCUACCUUCUGCCGCUCAGGGAUGACGGCUCCCCCGACGUGGCCGGCGAGUACAUCUACUUGCCACCACCAAGCGAUCCCACCUACAAGAUCCGCUUUGUCAUCGAGGGCACCAGCUCCGUCUGCCGUGAAGGCAGCCUCUGGGUCAACAUUCCCGCCAAGGGCCAGAAGUUCGUACGCAAGAACUACACCGAGUACAAGUUGACUCCCGACUUCAAUCGCAACAUUGAGAUUGACAUUGAGAUCCCUCAUGCUGGUCCUUUCUCAUACUACAUCACCUACACCCCGCUACCCAAGCUCACAACAAGCAAGAGCGACGUGCCCGAUGCCACAAAGACAAAGGUCUGGUACCUCGAUGUCUCUCCUCGUUUGACCGUCCAAGACUCGACUCUGCCUCUCAAGAGUUUGUCCAUCAUCUCAUGUCUAUCCAAGUUCAUGGGCGACUUCUCCUCCGACUGGGACAAGCACCUGCACGGCAUGGCCGAGAGAGGUUACAACAUGGUGCACUUCACUCCGCUUAUGAUGCGUGGUGAUUCAAACUCUCCUUACAGCAUUUACGACCAGCUCACCUUCGACAAGUCGGUCUUUGUCAACGGCGAGGCGGACGUCGAGGGCUUGAUCACCAAGAUGGAGAAGAACUACGGUCUUUUGUCGUUGACUGAUGUCGUCUGGAACCACACUGCCAACAACAGCAAAUGGCUGGAAGAGCACCCUGAGAGCGGUUACAACUUGAAGACUGCGCCUUGGUUGCAGCCUGCCUUCGAGCUCGAUACUCAGCUUCUCAAGUAUGGCUCUGAGCUCGAGAGCCGUGGUCUUCCUACACAGCUCAACAACAACCAGGACCUCGUUCGCGUCAUGGACCCUGUCAAGGCCGAAGUUAUCAACGUCAUCAAGCUGUGGGAGUUCUACGUUAUCGAUGUCAAGCGUGACGCUCAAGCUGCCGUUGCAGCAUGGAUGGAGAACCAAGUCGACUUCCCUGAGAAGACUCCCGAUCUUCUUGGCACCGACAAGUGGUCUUCAAAGCAAAAGACCGACUGGCUCAAGGAGUAUGCCCUUACUGGCACCGAUCAUCUUGGCGAGAGGUUCCGCCGCAGAAUCGUCCCUCAGCAUGCCGCCGCACUUCUCCAGUCGCUGUUCGGCAAGUAUGACACAAAGACCGGCAGUACCAGAGAUGAGCGCAGCGCCAUGGGUACCAUGACACACUUCUUGGACGAGAUCAAUUCUGCCUUCUACGACGAAUACAACCAUGAUUGCUCAGUCAUCCUUGAGCAGGUCUUCAACCGUACCAAGUACAUGCGCAUCGAGGGUGGUCCCUUGGUAGGCAAGCCUAUCAACAAGGACUUCCCAUUGAUUGAGUCCUACUUCACCAGACUCCCCUCCAACGAGACGACCAAGAAGCAUAACGUGGGCGAGCUGGCCUUGGCCAACAACGGAUGGGUCUGGGCUGCCAACGUGCUUAUCGACAACGCCGGUCCUAAGUCCAAGGCUUACUUGUGCAGAGAGCUUAUCCCCUGGGGCGACUGUGUCAAGCUGCGCUACGGUGCUGGCCCUGAAGACAGUCCUUUCCUGUGGGAGUACAUGGCCGAUUACACCCGUCUCAUGGCCAAGCACUUCCAUGGUUUCCGCAUCGACAACUGCCACUCCACUCCCCUUCACCUUGCUGAGUACAUGCUCGACGCCGCAAGAAGUGUUCGCCCCAACCUCGUUGUCAUGGCUGAGCUCUUCUCUGGUGACGAGAAGAUGGACUACGUUUAUGUUGAACGUCUUGGACUCUCCUGUCUGAUUCGUGAGGCUAUGCAGUCGUGGAGCACUGCCGAGAUCAGCAAGCUCAUUCAUGAGAACUGUGGUCGUCCUAUCGGCAGCUUCGAGCUUGACGAGAUCUCCGACGCUCAGAAGCGUAACUCUGGCACUGAGCCGGCUCCAUCUGUCAAGGAGGUUGUUCACAAGAUCCGCCCGGCCACUGUUCACGGUCUACUCAUGGACUGCACUCAUGACAACGAGCUGCCUGCUCAACGCAGAGAUGCCAGAGACACUUUGUCAAACUCGGCUUUGGUGGCCAUGUGCGCUGCCUCUAUUGGCAGUGUCUUUGGUUAUGACGAGGUCUACCCUCAACUCAUCGAGCUUGUCCACGAGAAGCGCCAAUACUCGUCGCCUUACUCCUCCAUGUCAAAUCUCAAGGUCGGAGAAGGUCCCGGCAUUGGAAACAUCAAGCGUCUUCUGAACCAACUCCACACCAUCAUGGGCAAGGAUCACUACGACGAGACUCACGUCCACCAUGAAGGCGAGUACAUCACUGUUCACCGUAUGCACCCCAAGUCGCGCAAGGGAUACUACUUGAUCGCCCACACUGCUUUCCCUGGUUACGGCAAUGGUAAUGCUGGCUUCCAGCCCGUGCACCUCACAGGAUCCAAGGCCUCGCUUCUAGGCGCCUGGAAUCUCGAAGUCGACCAGAGCCACGAGGCCAAGCAAGCUGCCAUCAACGACAAAGUUUUGAGAGGUCUCAACGCAAACACCAAGGACAUUCGCGGUAUCAAGGUCGACAACCAGGGAGAUACAGCAGUCAUCACCAUUCCCGAGAAGUUUCCUCCUGGCAGUAUCGCCGUCUUUGAGACCUGGAUUCCCAGCGCUGAGCACUCCGAGGGUCUUGACAAGUACGUCACCUCGGGCGCCAGAGAUGCCUUCAAGGAGUGUGACCUGAAUGACUUGAACGCUAUUCUCUACCGUGCCGACGCCGAGGAAAGAGCCUCUUCAGGUGGAUCCGACGGUGUCUACAACAUUCCCAACCUGGAUGCCAUGGUCUACUGUGGUCUUCAGGGUUGGUGGAGUAUCCUGAGAGAUGUCAUCAAGGACAACAACCUCGGCCACCCCAUCUGCGACCAUCUCAGAUCAGGUCAAUGGGCCCUUGACUUCAUUGUUGGUCGUCUGGAGAAGCUUGUCAGCCGCGACGGCUAUUCUCGCCUCUCUGUACCCGCAGGAUGGAUGAAGGAUCGCUUCGAAGCUAUCCGCAAGCUUCCCAGUUUCUUGUUGCCUCGCUACUUCGCACUGGUCAUCCAGACCGCAUACAAGGCCUCUACUGAACGCGCCAUCGAACAGAUGAGCGUCAACAUCCGCCAAGGACAACGCUUCCUCAAGAGUAUGGCUCUUGUCAGCGUCCAGUGCGAAGGUUUCAUGAAGAACGCAUCUCUCUGGCCCGACAAGCUCGUCCCUUCUCUUGCAGCUGGUUUGCCCCACUUUGCUCAAGACUGGGCCAGAUGCUGGGGACGUGACGUUUUCAUCUCUCUCCGCGGUCUCUUGCUCGCCACUGGUCGCUUCGAGGAUGCCAAGGAGCACAUCAAGGCUUUUGCCAGUGUUGUCAAGCACGGUAUGAUUCCCAACUUGCUCGGCUCUGGUAAAAUUCCCAGAUACAACUCUCGCGACUCGGUCUGGUUCUUCUUACAGAACAUCCAAGACUACUGCAACAUGGUCCCCAAUGGUCGUGACAUUCUCAAGGAGAAAAUCAGCAGACGUUUCCUACCUUACGAUGACACCUGGUUCUCGUGGGAGGACCCCCGCGCCUACUCUCAAACUUCGACCAUCGAGGACGUCGUUCAAGAGUGUCUUCAGCGUCACGCUACUGGCAUGCACUUCCGUGAAGCCAAUGCUGGCCCUAGCAUCGAUGACCAGAUGAAAGAUGCUGGAUUUAACAUUGACAUUGAGACGGACUGGAACACUGGUAUCAUCUUUGGUGGUAACGAGUGGAAUUGCGGUACUUGGAUGGACAAGAUGGGUUCCAGUGAUCACGCUGGCAACAAGGGUGUUCCUGGUACGUCCCGUGACGGUGCCCCUGUCGAGAUCACUGGUCUACUCUACAGCUGUCUCAAGUGGGUCGACGGACUCAACAAGAACAGCCAGUACAAGUACUCUGGUGUCAGCACCAAGGGUGACAAGGUUAUCACUUUCAAGGAGUGGGCACAGAAGAUUCGCGACAACUUCGAGCACUGCUACUAUGUGCCUGCCGACCCCGCACAGGACUCCAAGUACGACGUGAACAGCAAGGUCGUCAACCGUCGUGGUAUCUACAAGGACGUCUACAAGUGCAACAAGGAAUACCGUGACUACCAACUCCGCCCUAACUUCCCCAUCGCAAUGACAGUUGCACCUGAUCUUUUCGACCCCAAGCACGCGCUCGGAGCUUUGAUCAUUGCCGACGAGGCUCUUCUUGGCCCCACCGGUAUGGCUACUUUGGACCCCGCGGACAUGGAGUACCGUCCCAACUACAUCAACAGCGACGACGGUAAUGACUUCCACACCGCCAGAGGACGCAACUAUCACCAAGGACCUGAAUGGGUUUGGCCUCGUGGUUUCUUCCUGCGCGCUCUGCUCAAGUUCGACCUGAUGCGCCGUCAGUCGAAGGAGGAGAAGGUUGAGGCCUUCCAGCAGGUCACCACCAGACUCGCCGGUUGCAGACAUGCAAUCCACGACUCUCCUUGGGCUGGGCUUACUGAGCUCACCAACGAGAAGGGUUCUAUGUGCCAUGAUUCCUGCCCCACCCAAGCAUGGUCUGCUAGCUGCCUGAUCGACUUGUACCAGGAUGCCAGUGAAUACAACGCUUUGUAAACAGCUAUAUAGGAAGAAUAUGAGCGUUGUGCAAAGCAGGUUUGCCGGUUUGAAGAGCAUGCGGAAGGUGCAGGGGAAUUGAUUUCGAAGCAAUGGCAACGGCUCCCUAGAUGUUUAUAGCGAUACCCUAGAUACAGAGCUGAGAACGCCUACUAACUAACGACCUAUGACACGACGGUUUAAAGAUUGUAACGGUGAUGCAAU